AUGGCAAUGGCGUCGCUGCAAAGCUCAGGGAUGUUGACGAAAGAGCAGAUGGUUUAUCUCUUUGACCAAUUCGAUUACUUGACCUCGCAAUCUGAUGUGAAGAAAAGACUCUUCGACGCCGUGGAGGACAAACAGGAAGCUGUAGCGGUUACAACUGCAAUUCAAGAAGAGAUAUUCUUGGAGAUGGGAAUUGAGCCAGGAUUUGGUAUUGGGUGCUUGGGAAAGCUGAACUCUGCAUAUGAAAACGAUAAAGACUUGAUGAUUGGUUUCUACAAGUUCCUCGCUAAGGAGGAGAUGGCAUGUGAAGAAGCUGAGCUUGGAGCUGAUGGAUUUGAACUUAAAAUGAAAGCACAGCAAGAACUACAAGACCGGCAACUGGAGAUGUUGAAGUAUAUGCGUAAAUUUCCAUUGGAUGACCAAUCUGCUAUCCUUAAGAAGAUUCAGAAGCAACUAGAAAGUGCGGAUUUUGAGCCUGAGGCAUCGCUGCUGUCAGGAGAGGAAAUGGCUGAAGCUGGAAGAAGAAGAGUUUCACCUGUUUUUGGGAGCAGAUAG